AUGUCUUCAAAACAUCCCUUGAGACGAUCGUGUGCUUUUUGUCGAGCGAGGAAGAUCAAGUGCUCUAACGAGACAAUCUGCGAAGCUUGUCGCAAGCAAGGCGUCGACUGCAUCUACGACUUUGAAUCUCCACGAGCCAAAGGACGCAAUCUCAGCUUCGAUGGCACCAAAGGCAACAACCUACUGCAGGUACGAAGCGAACAUGACUUACCCGAAAGCAAGAGGAGACGGUCAUGCUCGUCCAACUCUGCUUCUUCCAUGUCCCCUAGAAGAGCACAUGAAGAUGUUGUGUCGCUGGGGGAUGGCGUCGAAAGCCUUGCUGCCUCCCUUGAGCAGGCGUUUCAUGACAGGUUUUCCCCAAUGAUUUUUGGAGAAGCAAACCAUGUUGAGCUGCAGGCGAGCUGCAACAAAGCUCGAUGCAUUGGACUCCUUCCCCUGGUAGCCUGUGACCUUGUCGGUUCUGUUGGCCAGGGAUAUAGCAUCUUGGGAUCCUGCCAACCUAAUGAUUCCAACAGUCAAUUGAUUCGGUCUGGUUUAUCCAGCGACAAAGCUUCCAGCAUGUUUGACAACAAUGCAUCAUAUUGCAGCAGCCCCAUCUCCACCUUUAGCCAUCGACAAAGAAACCAGCUGAUAGAUGUUUGGUUCUCGGCACAUCCUUUGACCUUCCUUAUCUCGAAGACGUUGCUCCUCCGGGAAAUGCGCGAAGAUACUUGCGACGAGAUCCUCAUAGCUGUUAUGCUCGCAGAUGCCAGUUUUGUCAUCAGUGAGGGACCUAUGGUAACACGCGGGCACGAACUCUUGCAGUGGGCAAAGGCCCAGCUGCAGAUGCGAUCUAACCACCCCUCCGAAGAAAACGACGCUGUGUACUCUGGAGUGCCAACAAGAGUCUACAAAGAUGUUACCACUGCACAGACACUGGUGUUGCUAGCCUGGAAUGCCCUCUCGGCAAACGAAUACCGCCGAGCCGUUUGCUAUGUACAAGUUGCGAGCAAAAUGGUAACCCGAAUCAAGGACUGCAUGUCAAAGGAUGCCUCUCCACCCAGCUCGAGUCGUAUCAACGGGGUCGAUGUUCUCGAUGUUGAGAAAGAGAUUGUCUCUAAUCUCUGGUGGACGACCUUUUCGCUCAAUCUUUGGAUGUCCAUUCAGGCAGGAGUUCCACCCGAUGCCAGCCUGUCGACCUUCACGCAUGAUUCUCUUCCCGCAACAGAAAACUCGUCCGUCUCUAUACAACUCGACCUUGUUUCCGAAAACUUCAACACAUUGCAGAAACAGAAACGAAACAUCCAAGAGAUGCGACCCCUUGCCCAUAUUGUCAACACGGUUGCCUACCUUUUUUCACAAUCAGACCAAGCUGCAUCCAAACAUGGUCUUGAUGUCUGCAGGGAGACUGUGCGUGAAGUUGAAGGCUCAAAUACUAAACGCUCUAAUCGAGGUGACCAACCAGAUGAAUCGCAGCACUUGAUCGUUGCAUUCCACCAGACAAUGAUCAUCCAACUCCUCUUCCCCAAGAAUGGGUCAUUCUACGACCAAGUCAUCCUCCCUACAGAAACUUUGCAUCAGUUCUGCUCGUCGUUGGAACAUAUUAUCCGAUCCCUUUCGGCCCCUGCCGGCCAGCUCCACCAACAUACAACUCCUGCUUCCCCCAUCCAAGAACAUCUGUCCAAGGCCCUUUGCAAUCUUUUGGAUGCAUGUUCUCGAGCUUUCAGCCUUGUUAGCCAAAAUCUAGGGCUUGGUCUUGACCCUGGCUACUUCCGUCCUGAUUGGGACAGUCGGCUGCGUUCUUUAGCAAGCUCUUUGUAUACAAUCAGUAAGACCAGACAUUUCUACCAGACUACAUCUUUGCGAAAUGUGAGGAAGCAACUGAAAGCUUGUAUCCGAGCUUUUAGUGAUCAAGGCUCCUCAAAUACAUUAGGGUUGCUAGACCCGAGGAUGAGCAACAUUCGAUCCUUGUCCCACUCCCCUAACAAUGAGGCAUCGAAUACUUUCAUUGUUACAGAUGACUCUUCGGCCGAUAUCCCUUCGCCAUUCCGCUAUGCAGAGGGUGGCCCGAGAAUGUCUUCAUCCAUGCCAUCCUCAUCAGCGUCGUCGACCAGUGUCUCGACCCAAUCAUUCACUCCCUUUGAGGAAAUGACUAAGUGGCAUGUCGACGAGAACUACUCUCCAAGUGUUCUGACCACAGGCAAUCUGAGUUCUCCUACAGUAGUUCAGUCGGGAUUGCAGAAUGGGACUCCAAUGCAGAACGUGUGGUACUCACAGCCGGCCCAUGUGUUGAACUUCCAGGCUGCUGGCCCAGCCUCUGUGCAGAACACCCAAUGGGUUUGGCCUAGUUCAGGUGCCGAAGAUGCGACGUAUAUGUCUUUCCAAGCUCUGGAUAUGGAAGAUGCAUAG